UGCGACGUGCCGUAAAAUGUGAGCGGUCGCUGAGGAGACGGGAAGAAGCCUCCCCCUUUUACACAGCGCGAAUGUUGUUAGUUAUUGGGUGCAACAUACGUCUAGGACAUGAUGCUAAGUGGGACGAAGAAACUAUACACCUGAAAAAGAUAUUUCCCAAGAUAAUCCUGGCAUAGUGAGCAGUUUCAGCAGUCUUAAGGAAUAGUCUUCAGAAGAGACAUGGCAGAUCAUAGACUGCAGAUGAACAGGAAUCAGUGGGAAGCUGUUGACCAGUAAUAAACAAUGAUUUGUUUUCUAUUAGCAAAGUCACUUUUCCUGGGGCUCCAAUCACCGAGGGGACACUGCAACAACCUGCCUUGAUGCCUGUGAUCCCAAUCCCCCGCCGGGUGCGUUCCUUCCACGGCCCCCACACUACAUGCCUGCACUCGGCAUGCGGCCCCGUACGGACCACUCACCUUGUCCGGACCAAGUACAACAACUUCGACCUUUACUUGAAAUCACGGUGGAUGUAUGGCUUUGUCCGUUUUCUGCUGUAUUUCAGCUGCAGCCUCUUUACGUCCAUACUCUGGGUGGCACUGUCCAUCCUCUUCUGUAUCCAGUACUUCUCCAUACGUGUGUCCCUGCGCUUUCAGUACAAGCUCUCCAUAGUGCUCCUGUUGCUGGGGCGCAGGCGUGUUGAUUUCAACACCAUCAAUGAACUCUUUAUCUAUGGGAUUCAUGUGACCAUGCUGCUAGUUGGAGGACUGGGCUGGUGUUUUAUGGUAUUUGUUGAUAUGUAAAUAAGAGUGCAUGUGAAAAGAAACAGUUUUGUGCAUUACAAUGUAAAAUAUAUUGUUUACAAUCCUGCAAAAA